UCCAUCCCCAGCAGUUUGACGCCUCACACCGGGGGCGUCAGAAAGAUGUUGCGCAUGUUAACGCUGGGUGCCACGGUGCUCGAUAGAAACGAAGCAGUCGCCGUGUUGGAGGGGGAGCCAUGUUCGUUUAUUAUGUACAGCCGCGUUUGAGCACUGUCGACACUUUGAGACUGCUUCAUGUUCACUGGAACCGCAUGAAGAAUGCAGCUUGAAAAAUCGACGCUGGAGAACAGCAUAUUUAUAUGCCUUGGCGGUCGAUUGUCUUGAAUACUUUACAUUAAAGGGCAGAACCUCAAUAAGAACUUCUUUGGUGAUGACGUCUUUGAAAGCCGUUCUGGAGCUCCACAGGGUUGCACAUCCAUAAAAUGUGCGUCCCAGAAUUGCAAAGGAGUGGAAAACCGCAGGAUUUCGGAAAUAUUCCAAAUUGGAAACUUUCCAUGACAAUGAUGGAAAUUAAUGGGGAUUAACUUGAAAUUCUUCCAACUUCCAAACCUAGUCCCAUCUCAGUGACCCCCACCUUGGACCCUCACCUACCCACGAGUGGAAAGCCAGCCAUGGCUGAAGAUAGCAAAGUGGCCCGGCAGUUGGAGAGCGUGGAGAGGAGCGUGGUGUUCCUCAGACAGGAGCACCUCACUUUGCUCCACGGGCUUCACAUGGAGAUUCUUGCCCUGCAGAGACGAUGCACGGAGUUAACCAAUGAUCUGAAAGUGAAACCUCUGGGUCGAAGCCAAAUAGAAAUACAAGAGGAAGAGGAACUGUUGGAGAUUCGCUGCAGGGAUGUAGAAGACCGUGUGUGUGAGCAGGAAUGCACCAUAGGAGAAAUUCGUCAAGAGCUGAGUCACAAAGGCGCGUUGGUGGGAGCCCUUCGAGCUAAUCUGAAAGAAAAAGAGCGCCACUUCCUGGAGGAGCUCAAACGACGCAGCCACUGCUCCACCAUCUUGAACACGGAGCUGCAGAAACAGACAGAGGCGGCGGCGUACCUUUCCUUCCAGCUGCACGCUGCCAAGCAGAAGCUGCAUCACCAGCGACUGCAGCAGAGGCAUGCGCUCCUGACCAGAGCAUCCGGUCAGGGUACUCAGCACAGCACCGAACACAUCUCCCCCCAGCAAUUGCUCCCGGGAGCCUCCAACUCCUCUCCUGUGGUCAAACCCAAGCGCAAGAGCACAAGAGCUUCCUCACGAAUGGAGCGCGCCCGGGAAUGUGUGCCCAUGGAGAAAGUGACGGGCCCCGCGGAGCCCGCAGCCAUGCCGGACCCCGCCCUCUUUCUUCAUCCCUGGAGGCUCCAAGUGCGCUCCAAGCAAAUGCUAACACAGAGACCUCCUCUGCUUGGCGUGGAACUGGGGGAUGAGGAGGAAGUAGCUCAAAAAGGGGUAGUGGUGCCUGAAAAAGAUGUACUGCUGUCUGCAACCGCAGCGCCCCCUGCUGCUGAGGCACAGGCAGAUUAGCAAAGGACUGAUCUUUUUCGGUUCUGUCAACGCUUUUGUCAUUCUGCACCUUGACUAAAUUACACUGCAGACCAGUGGUGGGCAAACUAUGGCUUGGGGGCCACAUAUGGCCUGUCACGUUCUUCAGUCCAUUUACAUUGUAAAGACUCCUUGUCGUAUUGGAUAUCACAUUAAUGUCACAUAAUUAAAGAAUGGAUUGUAAGAUUUCUUGUAAAUAACAAAAUAUGUAACAUUAGUAACAUAUUUUUAUUAAUUUAUAAGAUGAUUUGAAUAUAUUCAUAGUUAAACAUUCAAAACAAAAUAUAUGAAAUAUGUAACAUUACUAACAUAUUUUUAAUAAUUGAUUAGAUGGUUUUAAUACAUUCUUAGUUAAACAGUCAAAACAAUCAUGCAUUUAUUAUAUCCAUUCAUCCUUUUAAUUUCUCAUUAUAAUUUCAAACCUUUCCUUUUUUUUUUUUUUUUUUUUUUUUACCUCAUCUCCAAAUGACCUGAGCCAUGUAUCUGUUCAAUAUCAACCGUGUCCCCAAAUGUUUGCCCACCUCUGCUGGAGACCAUUUUUAAUGUUAUGGACUACAACACAAAACUCAGUACGUGUCACUUUAAGUCAGUCUUUGAAUCGACUAGAAUGAUGUGUUUACAUGGGUGUCGCUUGUGUACUGUGGGGCCUUAAGAGCAACAGCCAUGUUGGGUGAACGACGAGCUUUUUUUUGUUUGGUUACGACCAACUGUGACCUUUCAAGGUGAACCAUAAAUCACCCCCCUCACUGUGUUUGUGUGACAUCAAGACGAGAGCCACAGCUGAAAAUGUCUGAGUGUUUGUGUCUGUGUGAGUCCAUCUAUAGAUGAUCGCAGAUCAACAGAAAUGUUGAACUUGUCUUAAUUUCAUACAACUAUAUCUGUAGUAAUUGUUCUGUAUUUAAAUUGGGAGAUAGUGGCUAAAUAUCUGUAAGGAAUCGUACUUACUAUUUAUACGGUCCUCACACAAAAAUACAUUCAGACCAAACGGUCCAUUCUUUAAUGACUCAAUUAAACUCACUGUAGACGGUUGUUACAUUUUGACAAGUGAAAAGUGUAAUUUGUCAGACAGGAAAUGUUUGAAUUAAGGAAUACACUGUGCAUUUUAAUCAAAAUUAUAUGAGACUGAAUUAGAAAUACGAAACGUUUUUUUUUUAACCGAUUCCUCUUAAAUGUGUUUUUUUAAACUGUGUGCUUGAUACAUGAAUUGCUUUGUAUAAACAGUUGCACAGUUGUUAUUCAACCCUGAAUCACUCAUCACAUUCUGUGUUUCAAACAAAAACACUAGAGGCAACUAAUCAGCUCGAGAAACGUCCUUUUAUUUACGACUCAGGAAAAACGGACCAAUAAGAACGUGACUGCUGGUUAAGUGAGGGCUUUUUUUAAGUUGGUGGUGUGGUUGUAACAUUUUCAAAGUGUAUAGUACUAACUCAUAAAUACUGUAGCAGUAUCAACAUGUGCAGGGAGAUUGUCAGUAAAGACACGAGCUUUGCACAGAAUAUUAUUAGUUAUGCAAGAAUAAGAAGAAAACCCCAUGUAUAAAUAUAUAUAAUAUGAGCGAGCUGAAUACAAUAAGCAAACUAUGAAUAUUUCUUCUGUCAGUAUUUUCUUUUUUUUCUCUUUUACAUCCAGAGCUCCAUUAUAAUGGCUGCCUUUUCAAACAGCAAACCAUGUGUUUUAUUUUCUAAGUUUAUAGUUUCACAUUUUUCCCUCUUUGUAAUUAAUGUGACUGGGUCCUCCUUUUAAAAACUAUUUUUUUGUGAUGAGAAGUGUGAUGCUUAACUCAUCAGACAUCAGAUAUAAAAUUUGAAUAUUUUCUUUUGUCUUCAGAAGAGCAAUGUAUUCCUAUAUUUAUAUAUAUAAUCUAUAGGUUGUGACAGCUGUUUUACAGACUAUGUAGUAUGUUCAUAUUUAAUUACUAUUGUCUCCAUUCGCUUAAUGCCUCAUUGUUUGACUUUUGUAAGAUUCUGUUGAUCUGAUAAACAGACUGACCAUGGGAGGACUGAUAAUGUGCUGGAUGAGUGGCGGCAAUAAACAUAUGGGCAUGGGUUUAUGCCACAUAUGACGGUCAGGAUAGAAUGCCAGCUAAAACCCUUUUCCCAAAUGGUAAGCCAUCAUAGCAAAACUGGGUGCACUAUUCUGGUUCAUUUGUCUUUCUUACAACUUGGUACAAUUUUGCUCUACAGGUUGAUAUUAAAUUAAGACUGUUAAACUCAGAGUAUCUAAAACAAAACAUCAGGUAGAUUAAGCUCUUUAUCCAUCUAGUUGGAGCUUGUUGUAGCACUUCAGUAGAGUAGGUCCUAUUCAGGAUUUAUACAUAUUCAGCUUUAACAUACUUGGUUUGCGUCUGUGCUUCAGAGUGAGUCACAGGAAUGAGCCAAAGCAAGCUUACCGAAGCGAGUGCCCUUAUAAUUAAUCGUUUUCAUUAUUCUUAUUUUAAAUCAUUUAUCCUCAAUUUGCUGCAAUAUAUCUUCACUUCCCCCAGCCAGAGAAAGUGUCUUCCAUCUUUUUAUUCAGUGUGGAGUUAUUAGAACAAUUUCAGGCAAUGCUUAGCGGCACCAUCCAGCUCCUGCCGGUGAUGCACUAUUUGACGUGUGCUCAAUACCAUCAACCACAAAGGAGGAGUUCCUCCCAAUGUUGUCCAUGUCCUAGGGUGAACUGACACCUGCAUCAGUCUUGUAGGAUGCACUGUAAAAAUAAAAUAAUAAAUAAAAAACGAGA